AUGUUCUUCGUACAGAAGACACUACGAUCAAGUAGCCGGCUAAUCGACAUAGCCCCUUCUUUUGGCCGCACUGGUUCUCGAGUCUUUAUGCAGAGGGCAAGUUCACUAACGACACCGACUACAUCUGCAACGCUCUACUACCUUUCGCGUCUUGAACUCUAUAAACAUGAGAAGCCAUAUCACAUCAAUGUGCCGCCUUCUGCGCUUCCUCCCGGGAUGCAAUCAACUGAGAAAUCUGAGGGUUACGAUGGAAUCACCGUCAACAACCUGCGAGGCCGAGAGCACGAGUUCAGCCUGGAUAACAGCGGCUUUCAAGUAUUUCGAGACGAGGAGAAGACAUUCUCUCUUGCCUCCGCGUUGAAAUAUGACGAGUAUGCGGAUUUUCAAACAGUCAAGUCGCGGUACAGAGCAGCAGUCAGUCAGUUCCUCGUGGAACGGCUCGGUGCAGAAGCUGUCUUUCCUUUUACUCACGAGGUUCGAAGGAGAGCUUCUGUGUUCCCAAGACUUCCACGAGGUACGGGAGAAGCGCCACAGCCUGUGCAAGGAGUACACGUUGACUUCACUCCACGCUGGGCUGUGGAAAGAACGCGCAUGGCUUUCGGCGAAGCCGUCGUUGAUUAUCUCAUGACACGCCGGUGGCAAGUCCUUAAUAUCUGGCGCCCCUUGUUUGGGCCAUUAUAUGACUGGCCGCUUGCGGUUUGCGACUGGCGCUCCAUUGACCCUUCUCAGGAUCUGGUGGCUAGCGACAAUGUUUAUACACAUACAGCUGCCGAGACGUACAAUCUCUACCACAGUCCCUCGCACAAAUGGUACUUUUUACAAGGCAUGAGACCGGAAGAAACUCUAGUCUUCAAAAGUCACGACUCGCGAAAAACAAACGGAACUGCGCGGGUCUGUCCUCAUGCUGCUUUCAGAGAUCCGCUUGCUCCAGCAGAUGCAAGACCGAGAGAGAGUGUGGAAUGUUUGGCGAUCGUGGUAUAUCCACCAUCGCACCUCGAAGAUGUCCAGGAUGUCCAAGCAGAGACAUUGCCGUAG